GCAAGUUUAAAAAUGUGUUAACGUGCACUAAAGAAAACAUACGUAAUAAAAUAUCACACUUUUAACUGAAUGUUGAUUCAGUUUGAUUUUGACAUUUUAUUUCUUCGGAUAUUACUGAACAAAUUUUAAGAAAUUUUGAAUGAAGUUGGAGUCAACUGUACAGAAAAGAAAUUUGGUGAAUAAUGCAAAUUUAUACAAACCACAGAUUAAUAGGACAAGUGUCACCCAUUUAUACGGUUGGAAUGAACAGAAUGCCUUGCUGUCUAUGUAUCGUAAACCAGCAGGUCGAAUAACUGGUACAGGUAUUACUGGAGGAGGUCAAGUGGGUGGAGGAAAACCUGAUCGAUAUAUCCAUCAGAAACAAGCAAGAAUUGGUGGUAAAGAAUACAAAUUCUAUCAUUAUGAUGAACCACACGCUUAUAUCCUCCAGUACAGACGAGAUUGUACCCGAAUUUCAAAUACUAAAGGGAAUUGUGACAAAGGACCAUUAGAAGAGUUUACUAAAUCAAUGCUAAAAGAUGCGGUUCAUGUGGAAAAUGAUAAUGAAUCACAGAAUAAAACUUCUCCUCCUCCUGAAUAUUCCGACCUUACACAGUUAUACACUUCAGAAACAAAUAAUUCACACACGCAAGGUAAUAUCUCCUCAGAUGCCAAGAAUAAAAAGUCGUCGGUAUCGAUCAACACUGCUAAUCGUCAUAUGUGGGUGAAUACUUCUGUACCAGUUGGAUCACGUAAUAUUCUUUCGAUAAAAUUUUCAAAUUUGGAUAUCAGCACACCGAAUAUGAAUCAUUCAAAACAAAAACUGCCGAAAAAAGAAUCACUGACUCCUAAAAGAAUGACUGAUUCGCGUUCAAGUCGACCAUGUUCAGGAAAAUCAAUUAUUGGUUUAAACAACUCUAGCAACACUAGCAAUAAUAAUAAUAAUAAUCAUAGUUCCUAUCAGCAAUCCAUUCUUCCACCUAAAGACAAUAUUACCUCAAAAUUAAAGAGUGAAUCUGCUACACAGGAAGGCAAUCUCAACCAAUCAAUACACAAUGCAAGUCAUCCUGGAUUUUGGCCAUUAUUAUAUAAAAAAUUACUUCAACUACAGGCUGAUCUUUAUGGAAUAACAACGGAAGAAGAAAUGUAUGUAGACGUAUGAAAUGUGAAUCAACAGAGACAAAGAGAUGGCAUCGAGGACUGCUAUUCUUUCAUGUGUUUGCGUGUCAGUGUGUGUUUAUUUGUAUGUAUAUAUGUUUUACCAGUCCCAUUGGCUGUUGUCAUCUUCGUGUCGAUAAUAAUAUAAUAAAAUAAAAC